UUUAUUUACUCUGUAAGACUUGCUAAAACCCUGUUCAAAUUUAAAUAAUCUGGUCAUAUUAAUUCCAUUACCACUAUUAAGAACCACCUAAGUAUUGGACAUUUCAAUAUGAAGGGGCAAAGAACUGGCAAUUUUCAUCACCAUUUACAAUUCUGCACUCCUCAUUGUCAAGGUUCCCCCUUGAUGAAGCAGCCCUGAAAACCUAGAGCAAGUAGUUCAUCUGCUUUAACUGUGUGAUUAGUGACUUGGCCAUCAACUACCUGCAGUCUUGUCCAGGAUUGCUGUGGAAGGUAGCCAUUUUGUUCACCCUUACAGAAAUUCUAUUCUCAACACCUGGGAAGUUGGAGCUCACACACGACGGAGCCUUGCUCCCAUUGAAGUUGGUCUGAGAGCUUGCUCCCAUGAAGACAGAUGGCCACUGAGCCUCACCCUCAGUGUAAUGCAGCAAGUCUGGGUUGGGGCUUGUGGAUAUCAUUUCUGAUGCCCCCCAUCUGUUGAUUCUGCUGCUGUUGCUGGUCCUUCAAGUAGAAGGGCUAAAGAAAAAAAAUCUGUGCCUCUCUUCUAUCCAUCCCAACCUUUCUAUGAGUAGCUUCUCCUCCAGACUAUCCCAAAGCUUCCCAGAUCCAGGGCUGCCCUCCUCAAUAAUAUCUCUGCCACCUAAGGCAUUGGCAUUCUUGAUCACACUGUGAUCCUGCAACUCUGUCAUUCCCUAGCUUCUGAUGUGAGACCUGUCCCCAUCCUGACUUCCUGCUUCUCCGACUCAUCUCUCUUCCUCUCUAGUCACCCCUUCCUUUGCCUACUCACCCUUUAAACUCUGGGGUUCAUGGCUCACUGGGAAAGUGGCUACACCUUCUCUUCCCCUUAUCUUUCUUGUCCUGGACACUGUCUUCCAUGGGAACUCCUGCCAGAUUCCCUGCCCUUGCUGGCUGCUGGAGGCCCUCCAAGCCUUUUGGCAUGAGCAGGGUUGGAGGAGUGCUGCCAACACAGACGAACUUGGGUUCAAUGUGAUUCUUCAUGUGACCACAAUCAUUAAUUCAUAGUAAUGCCAAUUAGGAAAUAUUCUUUACUCAAGGUUCCUGCGUACCCCGUGAUUUCUUGUGACCUUGGUAAAAUGUGUGCCUCACCACAACUGUGAAUUAUGCAGGAGUUAAAGGCCUUAUGGACAGAAUCUUGCUCAUACAUGCAAAUCUGCCCAGGGCACCAACCUCCCUAUUUACAAAUAGACAACCCAGUCAGAAAAUAGUCAAGUUUCCCCUAAAUGAGUUUCAAAAGCCUCAAGACAAAUGAGCAAAACCGGGCAUUCCACAAGGCAUCUUUGGAUAAUUUCAUUCACUGGUUUCCUCCUUGCUAUAUAUUAGAUUGUAUCUCAUAAGCGUUGUUUUAAGUGGCCCUAAAUGACUCUGCCUUCUGCACUGGCUUGUUAUAUAUAGAACCUGCCUGCCUAAGGCAUGGGCACACAGUGUCAUGGUUUUUAAUCCUGAUUCACCCUCGGAGCUGGUCUAGUAAAUCAUCCUUCCCUGGAGAUUAAUACACGGCUGCAAAGGCAUUGUCCUUGCAGUGUGUUUAAGCCAGGGAAGAGUGAGUUGUGUCUAGAUGUGAGGCUUCAGAGUCCAGAGAUGAAUGGGGGGAGGGGAUGCAAUGUUACAUUUUUUUCCUGCCCCUCUACCCAUGUUACAUGCCAGCACAUGCCAUAGCUGAUCUUAGUCCUUUUGCUUUAGAAGGUGGGCUUGCCAUGGUUGGCCUCUCCAAUUCCUCUGCUAUGUCCAGAGGCUGGGGACAGGGAUGUGAGAGGGGAGCCACGGGGGUGCGGUGCUGAGCAGCCGCGGUGGGUCUAGCCUGUUGGUGAUGUGCAGAGUCUGCUGCCACUCUGGGUAUGGGUAACACGCAGCCACAGCGGUCGCACUAUCGCACAGGUACAAGAAAUCCGGAUCCGGGAUCCUCCGCAACCCCCAGCUCGUGGAAGCGCACAGGCCGACUCCCGCGCGCCGCCGAGUUUCAGGCUGGGGGCUGAGACCUGCAGAUCACUGCGGCUGGCAGCAGGGGACAGAUUCUUUCUAGCCAGGUUCUUUCUAGCCCAGUGGAGACCGGAGAUGUUCGCGGAGCCGGGCGGCUGUCUGCGGAGCAUUGGUGCAGCCUUGCCUGCUGCCCGGGAGGUUUGGCUGCCGCAGUCCUCCCCAUUCACUGGGCUGUAAAUCGAAGCUGUCUACACGGGCUAGGCGCUCGAUCCCAGCGUGGCCCCGGGGCUUCGUCCCGCCCAGGUCUCCUGGCACCUGAUUUCCCAGUGGUCAAUUAGGUGGCUCAGCCUGCAGCAUUGAAGCAGUGGAGGGGCCAAUGCCCCUGCUUUGAUGGAGCGCGCCGUGCGCAGAGACCUCCCCAGUCGACUUCCUCAUCAGAAGGCAGCAUCCAUUCAUAAUUCUCUCUCUGCCUGCGGACCGAGUUAGACUGGAACUGGGCAUGGAUUCCUGAGAUCUCUCUUCUUGCAUCGGAAGGAGAAACUAAGAUAAAAGAAAAAAAAAAAAAAAGGAAGGGGGAAUGCGGUCGUAACGCACCAAGGCGCUGGAAAGCCCCCCUCCCGCCCCCGAGAGGCCUCUCCUUUGCGGGGAGAGGGAGAAGAGGCAGAUCCCCAGCCCAGCGCCCCAGCCAGCUGCUGCUUCGCUGCGGAGCCGGCACGCAUGCCUACCUCACCUGACGGCCGCAUUCCCGGGGAGCCGGCACGGGGCCCGGCGGCGCGCCCAGGGCGCACGGGCGGUAGGAUUUCUGCACCUGGUGAAAGAUGCGCGGGCGGCUUGCCCAGGGCCGAGCCGGAGCCGGAGCGGACGCCGGGGGAGGCUAGCCUCGGCGCGGCACCCCACCGCAACCCCCCGGGAUGCUCCAUGACUCGCAGCCCAGGCCACGCGGCCGUCUCCAACUUGGACAUUGAGAGUAAGUUGAGUGUAUACUACCGUGCACCAUGGCACCAACAGCGAAACAUCUUCCUCCCAUCCACCAGGCCACCCUGUGUGGAGGAGCUGCACCGCCAUGCCAGACAGAGUCUGCAAGCCCUGCGCAGAGAACACCGGAGCCGAAGUGAUCGACGGGAGCAAAGAGCUGCUGCUGCUCUCUCCAUAGCUGCUCCACCACUGCCAGCCUACCCUCCAGCUCACAGCCAGAGGAGGCGUGAGGCCAAGGACCGUCACUUCCUAACGUUUAACAGCACCCGCUCGCCCUCCCCCAUUGAGUGUUGCCACAUGGCCCCAUGGAGUAGAAAGUCCCACUCUCCAGAGGAUGAAGAAACAGAUGUCAUGUUAGGACAGAGGCCGAAAAAUCCAAUACACAAUGUCCCCUCUACACUGGACAAGCAGACCAACUGGAGCAAAGCGCUACCUCUCCCGACUCCUGAGGAGAAGAUGAAACAAGAUGCUCAAGUGAUUUCUUCUUGCAUUAUUCCCAUCAAUGUCACUGGAGUUGGUUUUGACAGAGAAGCUAGUAUACGCUGUUCUCUUGUUCAUUCACAAUCCGUGCUACAGCGGAGACGAAAAUUGAGGAGAAGGAAAACCAUCUCGGGGAUUCCCAGAAGAGUUCAACAAGAAAUAGAUUCUGAUGAAUCACCAGUGGCCAGGGAAAGGAAUGUGAUUGUGCACACAAACCCAGACCCCUCCAACACUGUCAAUAGGAGGUCCGGAACCAGGGAUUCCGAAUGCCAAACUGAAGAUAUUCUGAUUGCUGCCCCAUCCAGAAGGAGAAUCAGAGCUCAACGGGGUCAAAGCAUUGCAGCUUCCCUUUCUCAUUCUGCUGGCAACAUCUCUGCACUGGCAGACAAAGGCGAUACCAUGUUUACUCCUGUAGUGAGCAGCCGCACAAGAUCUCGGAGCCUCCCUCGGGAGGGAAAUAGAGGUGGAGAUGCUGAAUCCAAAGUUGGUGCUAAGCCCUCAGCAUAUGAAGAAGGGGCGCCUUUCGUGGGUGACCAUGAAAGAACCCCUAAUGAUUGUAGUGAAGCGCCGAACAGCCCAAGUGCAAAGGAACACCAGCCUGCUUUGGGCCUGGCCUGUUCUCAACAUCUUCACAGCCCUCAGCACAAGUUAAGUGAGAGAGGGAGGUCGCGCCUGUCCCGAAUGGCGGCUGACUCUGGAAGCUGUGACAUCUCCUCCAACUCAGACACCUUUGGAAGCCCCAUCCAUUGCAUUUCCACGGCUAGUGUCCUCCUUAGCAGCCACAUGGACCAGAAAGAUGACCACCAGUCGUCCAGUGGUAAUUGGAGUGGGAGCAGCUCUACAUGCCCAUCACAGACCUCAGAGACAAUCCCUCCAGCAGCUUCUCCUCCCCUCACUGGCUCUUCGCACUGUGACUCAGAAUUGUCACUGAACACUGCUCCUACUGCUAAUGAAGACACCAGUGUCUUUGUGACAGAACAGUACAAUGACCACUUGGAUAAAGUAAGAGGCCACCGGACAAACUCCUUCACCUCCACUGUUGCAGAUCUGCUGGAUGAUGCCAACAACAGCAAUACCAGUGACAGUGAGUGGAAUUAUCUGCACCACCAUCAUGAUGCAUCCUGCCGCCAAGAUUUUAGUCCUGAGCGUCCAAAGGCAGAUAGCCUGGGCUGCCCAAGCUUCACAAGCAUGGGUACCUAUGACAGCUUUCUGGAAAAGUCUCCUUCAGACAAAGCAGAUACUAGCUCUCAUUUCUCAGUGGACACAGAAGGAUACUAUACCUCGAUGCACUUUGACUGUGGUCUCAAAGGUAAUAAGAGCUAUGUCUGUCACUAUGCAGGCCUGGGCCCAGAGAAUGGUCAGGGUGUAGGAGUUCCUCCUGGUCUUCCGGACUGUGCCUGGCAAGACUACAUAGACCACAGGAGGCAGGGGAGACCAAGCAUCUCUUUCAGGAAACCAAAGGCAAAGCCAACUCCACCUAAACGUAGCUCAUCGUUGAGAAAGUCCGAUGAAAAUGCAGACAUUUCUGAGAAGAAAGAACCAAAGAUAAGCACUGGUCAGCAUCUGCCUCACAGUUCCAGGGAAAUGAAGCUGCCUCUUGAUUUCUCCAACACGCCUUCUCGAGUGGAAAACGCCAAUCUGCCUGCAAAGCAGGACUCUUCUUGGAUAAACCAGAGUGAACAUGCUAUUAAGGAACCUCAGUUGGAUGCUACAGACAUUUCACCAUUCAAAGAUGAAGGUGCUGAAUCAACUCACUAUGCAGACCUCUGGCUUCUAAAUGACUUGAAAACAAAUGAUCCUUACAGAUCCUUAUCUAAUUCAAGCACUGCUACGGGUACCACAGUAAUCGAGUGCAUCAAAUCUCCGGAGAGCUCUGAAUCCCAGACAUCCCAGUCAGAAUCAAGGGCAACCACCCCAUCUCUUCCUUCUGUCGACAAUGAGUUUAAACUGGCUUCACCAGAAAAGCUGGCUGGCUUAGCAUCUCCAUCAAGUGGCUACUCAAGCCAGUCGGAGACGCCAACCUCCUCUUUCCCUACGGCUUUCUUUUCAGGUCCAUUGUCUCCUGGAGGUAGCAAAAGAAAACCUAAAGUCCCAGAAAGGAAAUCCUCACUACAGCAACCAUCUUUAAAGGAUGGAGCCCUAUCAUUGAAUAAAGAUUUGGAACUUCCAAUUAUACCUCCUACUCAUCUUGACCUAAGUGCUCUUCAUAAUGUUUUGAAUAAACCAUUCCCCCACCGUCAUCCAUUGCAUGUUUUUACUCAUAAACAGAACACAGUAGGAGAUAUGCUGAGGUCAAAUCCUCCUCCUCCAUCUCUUGCAAUUACACCAACAGUCCUGAAAUCGGUCAACCUGAGGUCCAUCAGUAAGUCUGAAGAAGUUAAGCAGAAGGAGGGCAACAAUACAGAUCUCCCCUGCUUAGAAGAGAGUACUGUCACAGUGGCUUCUGUGGCUUCUUCAUCUCCAGGUAAAACAAGGCCACAUACAGCAAAGAAAUCAAUAUCACGCCAGUACUCUGCUGAAGACACCCUCCUGUCCUUUUUAGAUUCCUCUGCAGUUGAAAUGGGGCCAGAGAAACAUUUGGAAAAGAACCCCACUUUGGAUGUGAAGAGUCACUGCGAUCCAGAAACUGUAGCCUCAGCUAGUAGCAAUCAUCCAGAUUCAAAUGUGAUGAAAGACCAAAUACGGAUGGAAAGUGAGCUUAUUCCAGAAAACAUUCCUAGUAAGAACUGUGGAUUUUCAACAGGAUUUCAGAGGGUGUCUGCUGCCCGCCCCAGUGAUUUGGGUAGUAAAAUGAUGCAGUAUGGAGCUAGUCCAGAUGGAGCCCCACAACAAGGACAGAAGGCACCCUCUGGAGUAGGGGAAGAAGGUGUGAAACCAGAAUCUGUGGAUGGAAUCGCAUUUCAAGCUAACUCACCAACUAGAAUAACAGACAUAAGCAGUCAACAUAAGCAUCGUAUUGUGAGCCGCCACCAUGAAAAAGUGCCUGUGACUAUCCGCCAUGAGUCAGAGAUGUCAACUAUAAAUUCAUUCCCUGAAAAAUGUUCUGAGCAGGAAAAUAUUGCUUCAGGUAUUUCACCCAAAAGUGCCUCUGAUAACAGCAGAGCAGAGGAGACCCAAGGAAGUAUGGAUGAGACUUCAUUGAAAGAAUCAUCACCAAGUGAUGACUCCAUCACUUCACCACUCAGUGAAGACUCUCAAGCUGAAGCUGAGGGUGUGUUUGUGUCUCCAAACAAACCUCGAACAACUGAGGAUCUAUUCGCUGUCAUUCACAGAUCCAAGAGGAAAGUCCUUGGAAGAAAAGAUUCUGGGGACAUGGCUGUUAGAAGCAAGUCCAGAGUUCCCCUCGGCAGCAAUAGCAGCGGUGCCAGCUCUGUCCCUUCAACCAGCAGCACUGUGACAGCUGGGACUAGCCAGAGGUCUCCUGGUCUCAUCUACCGAAACGCCAAAAAGUCCAACACAUCCAACGAAGAGUUUAAGCUCCUGCUUCUCAAGAAAGGCAGUCGCUCAGAUUCUAGUUACCGCAUGUCUGCCACGGAAAUCCUGAAGAGCCCUAUCCUGCCCAAGCCUCCUGGAGAGUUCACUUCAGAGUCCCCACAAAGCCCCGAUGAUACCCACCAGGGCACACCUGGGGCUGAAGCACUGUCCCCUCUGUCACCGUGCUCUCCACGAGUCAAUGCAGAAGGAUUUUCCUCGAAAAGCUUUGCCACCUCAGCGUCAGCGCGGGUUGGACGUUCCCGGGCCCCGCCUGUGGCCAGCAGCAGCCGCUACAGUGUCCGCUGCCGCCUGUACAAUACGCCGAUGCAGGCCAUCUCCGAGGGAGAGACUGAAAACUCUGACGGGAGCCCACAUGAUGACCGAUCCUCCCAGAGCUCCACAUAGUUUGCCUGGGCCACGCUGACCUCAGAUGUCUAACCCCUUACUAAGGAAAGGAUUUUGUGACACCAUAGAGGGGGAGAAGUGGCAAUGGGGCGGGGCGGGGCGGGGGAGGGGGGCGGUUUGGCAUCAUUGCUUGGCAAUGAGCUUCUAAAUAUGUGUUGGAGAAACAGAAAGUGGUUGAGUCAUUUUUAUUAGUUUUCAUGUUUUAGGUAGCAGUUCUGUCUGUCGUGGUUUUCUUUAGCGUAGUUUGAUUUACCCGAUCUCAUUCCUUGUGAUAAUAGAGAAUACAAAAAUAUCUAACUUUCUUGAAACCUAGACAAGAUUUUCCCAGAGCUGCCUAUUCCGAAAAUAAAGCCCUCACUGUCAUACUUUAAGAAGAUUAAAUUACUCUGGAGGUUUGGUAUUUUUUUACAUUAAAAUGAACUAAAGCAAAAUUUAGAUGAAAGAACUACACAUAUGUAAAUACCAUAUUUUUGAUAAAAUGUGUAAAUAGAUUUAUCAAUGAUGAGUGGACAAGUGGCCAAUUAUCUACCACACACCAACUGUUUAUAGGACACACACAAAGUAUAAUAACUGUAUUCUGUGAAUACCAUUUUCAUAUCAGAUACCAUAUUUAAAUGUCCACCAACAUGAUUUCUGAGUGAUAAACCUCAAAUAUGAAUUUAAAACUGGUGAAAUAAUGGAAAUAUUGAGGUCAUGUACUGAAAUGUGAUAAAUUUAAAAUAGUGAAUUCAGACCUAAUCAUUGUUGUGACAAAUUAUAGCAGAAACAAGCUAAUGUCAGUUUGUGGCUGUGAUUUGCCAUGUGGCAAUUUGAACAGAAUGAAAAGCAUGCUUUUGAUUUUUUUUUUAACCAAUGAGAGAAAUCAUCAUUCUCAAUGGAAAGACCCCCCCUCCCCCAAUAGCAUUAAACAGUGUCCUUUAGAAUCUAAUUUUUUCAAUGGAUUGCUUUAAGGAGAAUGAGUAGAGAAACCAGUAGUUAAUUUUAGGUCUUGUUUUAUAUAAGGCUACUGGGGACAAAGAGUCAUACUCUAAUGACUAUACUCUUUAAGCUUCUUAAUUAGCUCCAGGUUCUUAAACUAACAAAUAAAACCUAAGCAUGCCACAGAGCUAUUGAAUUCUCAGUAAGUACCUGCGAUGAGUUUUCAGCGAAGCUUUUUCUCUGUGCUGAUGAGAUUCAUGCUACCUAAAACUUAACAGAAAUGACACUGUGAACAAUGUAGUUGGGAAAUAGGUAUGUGUAUAUGCAUUAUUUAUAUUCACUCUUCAACUGGGCAUGGGGAGCAGCUCUGGUUCACAAUGCUACAUACAACGAAUUUUUGUCUGGUUUUACUAGAUCUGCUUGAUGGCAAAAGGGGAGGGUGGUGGGUGGGAAAGGAAAUGUCAGGGAAAGUGCCCUGAUAAAAUGAAGGCAGGGAAACAAGCUGAAUUACUUGAAAUUACUUGAAUUUUCUUGUCUUAAAACUGAAAAAAAAAAAGUAUAGUAACAAGUUGAAAUCUGCAAGUGGUUCUCACACCUCUGAUUUUAACAUGAACUGAUACUGUGUUUGAAAUCAUAUGUCAGAAAUAUAAGCACCUAUGUACUUAGAAUAGGUUUUGAUGGAGCAGUAGAAAUUAGAACUGAGAAGGGGCCUGAUCUGUGAAAGACUAGAACGUGACGACAAUGACAGAACACGCCAGGGUUACCAAAAGAUUGAUAGGCAGCUGGCGUUAUGCCUCAGCAAGUAGUAUUGGAGAAAGGAAGAUGGAUGAAAGGAUUAACUCAUGCUAAAUGAAGGAGAAAGUCUGGUCUAAGAAGACAAUGUCUUUCAAGAGAAAUUUGUUAUAAUAAUAUUUACAGAUUAAGAAUUAAAGAAUCUGUUGUUUGUGUUUUGUUUGUUUGGGGGGGGAAAGUCUGGCUUCUUCUAUUGUUUGUCUUUACUACAAAAUUGUAUUAGUUAAGUUCUUGUCAUUGGUGUAUGUAAAAUGGGUGUUGGGGGUGGAGGGGUGGAGGAGGAGACUGAGAAACUGGGAGAGAGAAUGAGAGAGAGCGAGAGAGUGGGAGAGCAAGUGUGUGCUGGGGAUAGAAAAACUACCUGGUCAAGGGUUGGAACAGAUACAACGUGUUGUAAUUUUAUUAAAAGAAAAAUGUUGGGGAUUGAAAAAAAUGACCAUCAUUUAUCAUUGGAACAUGUAACUCAUUCAAAAACAAAAACAAACAACAUACACAUGCACACAACCAGCAUGGGUUUACAUCAUGUGGAGUCAUGAACAAAUCUGUCUCAUGCUUUGAGAAGUACGCUCCACAAAAUUUUAAAAAUCAAAGUUUUUAGACAAAUGUGAUAAGGAACCAUCAUUUCCAGUCACAAUAGGUGAUCAUUUGUAAUUUUCAUAAAAGCAGUUCGUUUGCAGUAUGGCUUUUGUGUAGCUAGGGGGUUUUUUAGUGUGAAGAAAGGUAUGUGGGCUUUAAAAGUGAUUCUAAACCUUGAAUAGAAAAACACAUAAAUUGGCUUUAAUAAAAAUGUCACCUUUUAUUAUUGACAUUAAUUUAAGUAAUCGUACCAUAUAUUUUUAAAAAUACAUGUUUGACUUGAAUUGUGAGGCAAUAAGGUACCAUUAAUGUGAUGAUCACAGAACCAACCCUUAUAAUAUAGUUUUACUUAUUUUGUUUACUCUAAAAAUCUAUAGCAGAGUUUCUCUAUUUUGUAUUUCAUAUAUUUAAAGAAAUCCCAAAUAAAGAUGGAUUUUAGAUUCA